CUUGAAAGAACGCAACACGCACAAGCGAACAUGACGUUGUAGAGCCGAGGCCAGUGAGCUAGCACAAGCAAAAAGAAAAGCGUGAGCAUGAGCAGCGACCGCAACUGCUACGUUACCUUUGACGAGAUAACCGCGCGCCAAGCUGCGCCACUCCGGCGUCCUAAAGCUCUCAGCUGGUGUAUACGGCUGUCAGAGGCUGGGCUGGCGUAGACUGGCCGCAGACUACCAAGCGAAGGCUGCGAUGCGUUGUGAUAACGCGAACCCCAAGAGACCCACCUGGAACACAGCCAGGAACUGCCCGCGUUCGCCACUACAGUCAGCGCCGGCCGCGCCGCCAGGUCCUGCGCUGCCUCUGCAGUCGCCAGGCGCCGCCGCCGCCGCCGCCGCCGCCGCCGCCGCCGCCAGGCCUUGCACCGCCACCAUGAACAUUAAUCCAACCCCAUAGAGAUGUGCGCGGAGUGCUCUUGCGAGGGCAUAGGGCAAAGAGGAAAGAGGGCAGACAGCGGCAGCAGCUGCGAGUUUUACCUGUUGACUGGUACAGACUGGUACGGCUUGGUUACGCACAGCCGUUGGUGCACCGCGACGGCUUGCGCAGUGGUGCUGCAUGCCUCGUCCUGAUACCACCACAUGGGGUGGCGGGGAUGUCCCAGGGCCUACGUUGGGAGUGCGAUGGGACAGAGGUAAGGCAGGUUGGUAAAGUCCCGUAGGGUGCAGCUGAUUCCCAGAACCCAACAGAUGGCAAACAGUUUGCAACAGCAGGGCAGGAGUGCGCGGCUGGUCGAACGACGGAGUUACUGUACCGACGAGUUGCUGGCUGGCUGGAAGUUUGGAUGUCCCAGGGCCUACGUUGGGACCAACAGUUUGCUAGUAGAAGCCGCAUUAGUUCCGCAACACUCGUCAAUAAAGCCUGAGACCGGGCACCAGCGCACAAGCAUAGCAGCGCGCCAGCGCUGGGUGUUUGUGUGAUGGUACCCAAUUUCGUACAUGUAGCACCACUGCAUCAAUGUGAAUCCCGUAUGGGAAAGUUCCGUCCGGGGGUAAGUCGGGUAGGAGGGUAGGAAAUCCGAAAAGUUGCCGGUGGCCUCUGGUUGUAAGGGUGAGCCGGG